CCCCCGCCGCCGCCCUCCUGGUCACACUCAUUCAGCUGCUCGCCUUACUAACCCACGGCCAACGUCUCACAGGAUCCGAUCAAAAAUAUUCAGUAUUGAACAACUCUGCAGAGAAAUGGGAACUCUGGGGAUGGUCACGAGAUCUCUGACCCGCCAUUACUCGAAGAAGAAUUCGAGACCCUUCAAAUUGCAUCAGUACCAGAGCUGGAGGACGCUGAUUUUGGAGCCCUUGUCGUCGGGAUCAGUCCAGGUGCGGCGGCUCUCGGACGCCGAUUCAGGGAUAGUUGAGGUGAAUUUGCACAGGCCGGAAACUAAGAACGCGAUUGGGAACGAGAUGCUGAGAGGGUUGAGGCAUACUUUCGAGACGCUUGAGAUGGACGGUGAUGCCAACGUGAUGAUGAUCUCUAGCUCUGUUCCUAAGGCGUUCUGUGCUGGGGCUGAUUUGAAGGAACGCAAGGAAAUGACUGCAUCAGAAGUUCAGUUCUUCGUCAACUCAUUGCGAUCGACAUUUGCGCUCUUAGAGGCUCUUCGUGUUCCUACCAUUGCUGUUAUUGAAGGAGCAGCAUUGGGUGGUGGACUCGAAAUGGCUUUGUCGUGUGAUCUACGGAUUUGUGGAGAAAAUGCGGUUCUGGGAUUGCCAGAAACAGGACUGGCAAUAAUUCCUGGGGCUGGUGGGACUCAGAGACUUCCUCGACUUGUAGGGAAAGCCGUGGCAAAAGAGCUUAUAUUUACUGGUCGAAGGAUUGGAGCCAAGGAGGCAAUGUCCAUUGGACUCGCCAAUUAUACUGUACCUGCUGGGGAAGCUCGUCCAAAAGCACUUGAAAUUGCUCGAGAAAUCAACAACAAGGGUCCAAUAGCAAUUAGGAUGGCUAAGAAGGCCAUCAACGAGGGGAUCGAAGUUGAUCUGCAAGCAGCACUGGACUUGGAAGAAGAGUGUUAUGAGCAGCUGCUGAACACGAAAGAUAGACUGGAAGGCCUGGCAGCUUUUGCAGAAAAGCGAAAGCCGAGGUACAGAGGGGAGUAAUACGAGGAACCUCCUUGAUAUAUUUGCCAAGACAAGCAGUUUCUAGGGGAGUUUGUGUUAUCUACUUGAGGCUUUGGCAUCGAUUCGAGCAGUUAUGUUGCUAAUCCAGCUUGAAGCCUUGAACUGUGUACAUAUUCACCAUUCACAAAAUGAUGACGAAGAUUAUGAUGCAUUAUCUGCAACACAGACUUUCAUGUGGCUGCUCUAAAUGUUCCGUACGUGUGAUGUUGUAACCCUCUAAUCGGUUUAUACUGGUUGACAAGCUUAUUAAUAGUGUUAUUCGAUAUUGCCCGCUCGCUUCGUGCUAUGUGCUAUGUGUAUAUAUGAAAAAAAUUUGAAAUAUGCU